CGGCCGGUGAGAUCCCCGAGCUUCAGUGAGCUGCUGGGAUACCCGCACUAUCCAUCACCAAACAACAUCCACAGAGACCAAAUAUGGGGAGAUGACAAAAGAUGGACGUCGCUCAUCCAACUGCAGGCUGGGAACAGCUUGGCCCGUCUUUUUACCGCAAGGUUCAGCUGUAUACCCAGGUUUUUGAUCAGGAUCUGGACCUUGACAACUACAUCGUCGCUGGUGCACCUUAUAGCGGUGCUAUAGCUUUAUAUCGUGAUGAAGGCAAACUGGUAGCUUACCAGCCCACAAGAACAUCCAAACCAAGCAUCGACCUCUACAGCUGCGCUGGGGGUGAGCCCAUACUCUCUAUCCCAUGGGACAGCGGCUCUAUCAAGGGCCUUGGCUGGUCUGAGGAUGAGAAGUUGCUGGUCGUCACCGCCGACGGUACUGUGAGAUGUUACUUUGAUUUACAGGGAGAGUUUACACAGUUCUCUCUGGGAAAUGGUGCUGAGGAUUCGGGUGUCAAGUCAUGCCGAUUCUAUGCCCAUGGGCUGGUUGCGCUAUUGAACAACAACUCUCUCGUCUCGGUCUCAUCAUAUAGCGAGCCUCGGCCGAAGCUUCUUGCACCACCUCCCGAGGGAGAGGUUCACUCGUGGAGUCUUAUACCGCCGUCAUAUACCAACUCUCGGUCUGUCGAAGUUCUGUUGAGCAUUGGCCAAACUAUCUAUGUUUCCGAUGCCACAGCUUGUGAAGAUCGAGGCCUGGAUCAAGGACCCUUCACUCAUAUCACUGUAUCGCCAAACGGAAAGUUUGUCGCCUUAUACACCAAGACCGGCAGAGUAUACGUUAUCAACAGCACUUUUGAGGAGAACCUGAGCGAGCAUGACUCCAAAUCCAAGAUCCCACCAAAAUACGUCGAGUGGUGUGGUAAAGACGCUGUUGUCAUCGCUUGGGAAGACGAGGUCCAUCUCGUUGGCCCAUAUGGGUCAUCGGCCAAGUUCUAUUACGACAGUGGCCGUGUCCAUCUGUUACCUGACUAUGAUGGUGUAAGGAUCGUUGCCAAUGAUAGAUGUGAUUUCCUUCAAAAAGUGCCAGAGGACACGGAAGAGGUGUUCAAACUGGGCUCAGACUCGCCGGCAUCCAUCCUCCUAGAUGCCGUCGAGGAGCUCGAAAUGCAGUCCCCAAAGGCCGACGACAACGUCCAGCUCAUACGUCCUCACCUUGUCGAAGCAGUGGACAAAUGCGUCAACGCUGCCGGUCAAGAAUUCAGUGAACAUUGGCAAAAGCAACUCCUCAAAGCCGCUUCUUUUGGCAAAUCCGUUCUUGAUAUCUACAACAGCGACGACUUUGUCGACAUGUGCGAGACCCUCCGCGUUCUCAAUGCUGUACGCAACUACAAAAUCGGCCUCCCCUUGUCCUACGAACAAUACCAACGCCUCUCGCCCUCGGGACUCAUCACCCGUCUCCUCAACCGCCAUGAAUACCUUCUCGCUCUCCGCAUAGCAUCCUACCUCCGCCUCCCCACCGACAAAAUCUACGUCCACUGGGCGUCAGCCAAAGUCCGCCUCGGCUCCGAAGAUGACGACACUGCCUGCCGCAAAAUAGUCGAAAAGCUCUCCGGCAAACCGGGCAUCUCGUUCGAAGCCAUCGCCAGAGCCGCCUACGAAGAGGGAAGGGGUCGUCUAGCUACCGAACUGCUUAACCACGAGCCCCGAGCAGGUAGACAAGUCCCUCUACUUCUCUCCAUGGAAGAAGACGAGCUCGCCCUAGACAAAGCAAUCGAAUCAGGCGACACAGACCUCAUCUACUUUGUCCUCCACCAACUCCGCCGCAAACUCCCCCUCGCGUCGUUUUUCCGCGUGAUCAACUCCCGCCCUACCGCCACUGCCCUGGUUGAAGCAGCUGCUCACGAGGGAGACGGUGACGGCCACGAGGACACAGCCAUGCUGAAAGACCUCUACUAUCAAGACGAUCGUCGUAUCGACGGCGCGGCGGUGUUUGUGAGGGAGGCGCUACGUCAACCGGAGAGCAGGACCGCGGGUGAUAAGUUGGCCUUGGCGUCGAAGUUGCUGGCUGAUAACCCCAAGGAGAACGUAUUCGAGAUCGGUGCGGUGAGGGAAGCGAAUUUGCUGCUGAGAAUGCAAGAGGGGUUCGACCGUGACCUGGGUGAUAACUUUACGGGCUUGAGCGUAAACCAGACAAUGUUCAAGCUCUACCGGUUGGGGUACAGUGGCAGGGCGAAGAAGAUACAGGGGGAGUUCAAAGUGCCGGAAAAGGUGGCGUGGUGGGUUAGACUUCAGGCCCUGGUAGCAAAAAGAGACUGGAACGAGAUUGAGGAGAUUUCUAAACAGCGAAAGAGCCCGAUUGGGUGGGAGCCGUUCUUCAACCAGUGCCUCCAGGCGGGCAACCCCAGGCUGGCGGCGGUUUUUGUGCCAAAGUGCACGGGGUUGGAGCAGGGGGCUACGAUUACCAUGUAUGAGAAGUGCGGGAUGAGGGUCAGGGCGGCGGAGGAGGCGGUCAAGUUGAAGGAUGGGGACGCGUGGUUGAGGUUGCUGGAGGCGGCGGGACGGGGGACAAACGAGGGGAGGGAGAUUGAGCGGGUUGGGGGGCAAGUUUUUGGUGGGAGGGGGAGGUAA